CCUAUUUUGGCGGCUUUCCUAUCCGUUCUACAAGAGUUUAGCGAGACUGGAGACACAAAAAAAGCAGUGGGCUUCUUUAUAAAUGAAAGAUUCUACUGCUAAACAGUAAAGCUAGUCGCUGUUGAAGCAACCGAACGGUGGAUUCAUACGGAGAAAACGAGGAUUACGAAGGCCAUUAAAUAGUUUCGACUGCUCUAAGGUAUAUUCGAGUUAGUGGUAUCGAAGCAGCUACCUCGAACGUUCGAUAAUCAGCCAGUGACUAGAUCGGAUAAAAACGUCUGCAACACAACGAUAAAACAGUCUACGGGAUGAGUUCGCCGUUCCCAGCCAUUCUGAGUUUGGGCGUAGUCGCCAUUAUUGCGCAAACGAGUGUCAACUCUUCGCCGACAGAUUCACAUUAUAAUUUCAAGGAGAAGAUUGUCCAUUUAGAUCUCAAAGGAGCGCCUUUAGCAAUCUCAUACAUGGAAAAGGUGUUUCCUUUGCUUCGAAAAAUGGGUGCUACCGGUUUACUUAUUGAGUACGAAGACAUGUUCCCCUAUUCAGGCUCUCUACGUAACCUCACCGCUCUAAAUCACUACUCGGUAGAAAAUAUCAAUCGGCUCUUAGCGGCAGCGCAAUCGAACAACCUUACGACGAUGCCGCUAAUUCAAACCUUCGGCCAUCUCGAAUUUAGUCUGAAGUUAGAAGAACACAUCGAACUUCGUGAAAACAGUACAAACCCGCAGGCAUUGUGUCCGUCUUUGAAUGAAAGUAUGCAAAUGAUUCGUGAGAUGAUUCGCCAGGUUGUUGAUCUUCACAAAGGCUAUAUUACCCAUCUUCACAUCGGAAGCGAUGAGGUGUUUGUCAUUGGCCAAUGUUCUAGGUGCAAAGCGAGAAUGGUCCUCCGCAAAUGGACAACAGACGAUUUGUUCCUUGAUCAUGUAUUCGAAGUGGCUUCAGCUGUCAAAGAACUCGGUAUCCAGCCCGUGAUGUGGGACGACAUGCUUCGAAAGGUUGAUAUGUCAAAACUGUCACAGUACAAAAACCUAAGCUCUCUUGUCGAAAUCAUGGUAUGGCAGUACUCGCAAAUUCUAUCUUCUGAUGUGCUGCUCGCAAUGGAGAAGUAUAUCGCGCUUAAUUUUCCUGGAAUAUGGGUGGCCAGUGCUUUCAAGGGAGCUACAGAUCCGACCUAUCAACUCCCUGAUUACACGACCCGCCUGGGAAACAAUAUUGCCUGGGUUUUAAUGGCCAGAAUCUUCGAAGACAGACUGAACAUCAAAGGCAUCGUCCUCACCGGUUGGCAACGGUUUGACCACUUCACUGCUUUGUGCCAACUCUUCGCAUCAUCCGUACCAGUGCUUUCACUUUGUCUUGCAUAUCUCAAUACGGGAUCCUACGAUACCAAGGUCUUGGGGGAUAUUCAGAAGCUGCUGAGGUGCAAUCAUCCGAUAGCUCUAGAUGAUUUUUCCCAGCCACUGCUUGCGUGCGACUACCCGGGAUCGAAGGUCCUCAUUGCGAUACAACAAUAUAAUCAAAUUCGUCAAAAAAGACUGCUUACAGAAGCUAAAAAUACUUACAAGGCAACGAUGACAGCGAUGAACCGGAAUCACAAUUUUAGCAGUCCUUCAACUUUACGUUCUGCAAUCUCAGAGAUUAUGGCUAUGCAACAGCUGGUUAAGACAGUACAAGAAAAUCUGAAUGAGCUCGCCAGUAUCACGGAUGAGGCCACCCUGCGAGAAUGGACGGAUACAUACCUCAGCCCAGAAAUCGCCUGGAUCAAUGAAGUUCAACGAGCUGCAGAUAAUAUGCUCUGCCGUAACGCAUGGCCUCGUAGGCCGCUUUAUAAUGACACACACUAAUGACAUUUUUCAGACUCGAGUAAUUUUUUCCGGAUAUCGAAGGGUGGCAUUAUUUUUAAUCACAUGCUUAAGCUGUAGCAUACUAUUCGAUAUUUAAGAAGAAGAACAUAGUAUCCAAGAAGUAGGCACAAUCUUAUGGCACUACGAUGUAAGUGGUACCAUAGGGGUACCUCGAUCGAGAGAAUGUAAUUUUUGGUGGUGUAACUCUGACAUAAAAUAUAUGGCAGUACCAACCGCUUAUUACUUACUUUAUUGUUUUACUCAGAAUGUCGAAGAAAAACCCUAUCCACUUCUCGAGAAAAUUUCGGGUCAGGUACUUCUGACAGCUUCCAAGUACUGCCAGCAUGUCGUAUACUCUGCUUUCGUCAAAUGUUGCAGUCAGUUAGCUGAAUGGCGCAAAAUUAACAUCGGUUACAGGAGUUCACCUACCGGGCACACACGAUCCAGAGCGUGACGGCGGGUUUAUUGCUAUUUUAUUAUUAUUGCUCUAAUAAUAGCAUCUUUAUAGUGUUUUGAAUAUAUAGCUUGAAUUUUCUCCCUUGCAUGGUGAGUAAGCGAACCCCGAAUUAGCCUGGGCGCAUCAUCUUUUAAGAAUGUGUUACUAAGAUAUUGUUUACGGUUAUUUUCCUUCACUAAUUAUGCUAGUAUAUAAUCUCUGAGCUGGUUAUUAGCUGCUAGAUAGAGCUGGUAGCUCCGAAUUAUGGUUAUAAGGCUUUAUGUUGCGACAAAUAUUUUAGUAGCUUGCGGCAAAUCGCUUUCAGACAACUUUUCGACCCAACAAAUGCUACUUUCAAUCUUAUCGCAUUAGACAUUAAAAGGGGUAUGCAUGCCAGAUGGGAUCAUCACGAUUACGUUGUCUUUAAUAUUGGCCACAAAUCGCGUAAGAAUCAUUUGUCUUAUAUUGUGCCUUACACAGCCUUUGUGACGGAUAAGCCAUUUCCAAGUUUCAGACUAACCUUGAAGAACACGUCGGAGAAGCUUCACAGCAUAAAAUCUUUCGAUGUACACGGUUAUGGAUCUAUAUCAAAAUAGUGGGUUUGAGAAGCAACUUGAAAUACGACUGGGUUUCAUAAUACGCUAUGAUCGAAAUCCAUCAUCUAUUAACCUUUGUGCUUUAGAAGAUAGAUUUGCGUCGAACGGAUAUGUCACUAUUUGUAGGUAAGAGUUCGUGCUCCCCGGAAAGAUUUGUCGGACGGCUAACGUUAGUGGGACGUUGUGAUCUAUAUUCGAACCUGUGCGUAGGCGCACUUCGUUUUGUAUUGGGAGCCAGCUGUCUGAUGGAAUACCUACCGAAUAGGUUAGGAAGCUUGUAGGAUGCUAGCACUUCAUACGUUGUCACAUAAGCAACUUUAUCUGAUAUCUUUGCAAGUGUAUUCUUUGGCUCUUAAUUCAACACGCGACUAUUGGGUAUCUAUAAUGGUUCCACGUGCAUUGUCGAUGUUAUAAUAUGGCAGUAUUCAAACCUGAUUUCUUCAGACGUUAUAGCCGCUAUGGAGAAAUGUACGUCGUUCGAGUUUUGCUCGAUAUGGAUUGCGAGCGUGAUUAGCGGCGCAGUGAAUCCGACAAGUCAAAUGCGCUUGCCUCAGUGAUGACAUCUUGCGGUACGUGGCAGCUUUCGUGAAGUCAAUUUUGGUGGAAUCGUGUUUACCAUGUGUGAGGUACCGACAGCGUUAGACCUGCUAGAUUGUUUAUGUUGUGAGUUAGCUUAGAAAAAGUAGCGUCUUUGUCUUUAAUGAACUAAACCAUACUUGUACACGGUGACGAGCGUAGAAAGAAGCGUGGCAAUUUUUGGUAAGCUUGUAACGUUUUCAUUCUAACAUUGCUCUACUGUGACGAUGACAGAUGGGUCUUUAUCUGAAAUGGGAACUUAGAUGCCACCUAAGUUGUUCAAAUGCAUGAAACCCUUCAUCUUUCUCACGGCGGAGCGGUAUUGAAAUGAAAACGUCAGAUCUCUACUUCGAAGUAAGUUCGGCUAAAUACUAUGCUUCAUGCUCGUGUGAUACGGCAAGUAACAGGUUUUAUCAACCAUGAUGGCCAACGUGAUACCUUGCUUAUUACGUCUAGAUAUUCGUAUAUACGUAGAGAUUCGAGUCUAUAGUGGAAAGAAGAUUGGUGCUAUUUAGGACUCCUCGUUUAUUUUUGCGUACUAUAAGAAAUCAUUAUUGAUGCUGUUCUAUAAUACUCUCAAGACACUCCCAUUUCUAUUUAGCAAUUUGCUGCUACAAGGCCAUAUAGAUAAACAUAAAACUCUAUAUAGAUGCGACAAAUUUCGAAUAGUUUCCUCUUUACUUGUUUGUUGAUUUUAAGCAAAGGAUAGAGAUCUUGGUCAUCGUCAGGUGAUUCAAUCUUUAAAAAAGUAACUAAACCAUAAAUCUUGCGCAGUGGGUAAAUAAAUGAAAUUACAUGACUGAUAGACACUGUGAAUUUAUUUUACUCAAUAAAAUUCACAGUAUCUAUCAGUAAAAUUACCCCUUUCCAAUGUUUUAUCAGCAAAUGAAAUAAUUCAAUAGUAAUUUACGUCAUCUCCACUAUAAUAUACGAUAUUGACUUCUAACGCCUAAGUACCCGGUAUUACCCAGUACAUUUGGUUUUCAUGUCGCUGCCAAUUAUAUCUGUACGUAUCUGGAGAGCGGUUUGCUUUUCUAGAUUCUGGUGCUCAGGGCAAAGGAUCCGGAGCAGUGAAAGGCAUCAAGCAAUCUUCAGCGCCUUAAAUUAUUGUUUUACCAGUAAUGCCGCGCGCUUACUGGUUAUAGCCAACUCAAAAAACGAGAUUUCGAUAUGUAUCAAAAUCGUUAUGCCGUUGUAGAUUUAUCCACGGUUAGCGCUAAGCAGAUCUAGAAGCGUUCGUACGACGCUGAUAAUUGCAGUAGCAACAAUAGCAACAAUACCAAGUGACGAAAAUAAAAUUGGGAUAUUUAUAUGCGGACUCCUGUAUGCUGCUGUUUAAACAUAAAGCGUGCAAUAAAUUUUUCUUAAAUUCGACCAUCUGUCCCCAAUCAAUCACUUUCACCUAUUAUGGUUCGUGUUGUUUACACGAACACUUCUCAAUACCCCAAUGAUCAUCUAUUCCGAAUUAAGUUUCAAGGGGUGAUUUGUCAAUUAACUGGAUUUUAGCCAUAUCCUCCAUGUUUAUCAACGGCGAAAUCUAUCAUCGGGCAGUGUCAGAGGUAAAUGCUAUUCCCACCAUAUGCAUAACAACUAGCGAUAACCCGCAGCUUAUACGUACACGUAUAAGCAUAUAUGGAGAUCGCAUUAUUUAUUAUAUAUGUCAUUUCCAUAUGAUGUUCGGCAGCCCUUAAAGGAAUUCACGCACACCUCUCUAAAGCGGCUGGGAAUUUUUUGUAAACUACGUUCACCUCCGUUAAAGCAUUUCCAGCGUGAAACUGCCCCAAGAACGGCCACCCUAUAUAAUAAAAGUCGGCGUAAUUUUUUGAUAAAUACAAGAGGCUUCUGACUACACUUUACUGGAAGUUUACCAUAUA